AUGUCUCGUGAAAGCCUUCUCUCUGCUGAAAAACCAACGCCUCGUGAAAGGCUUGGUGUCUCUUCUGCUUCAGCGUUAGGGCAAAAGGGUAUGACGACUCGUAAACUCGAAAUCACGGCCGUAUCGGCGGAGGGUCUCCUCAUCGGUGGAAAACCGGUAAAGAAAAACGCAUUCGUCGCCUUUGACAUCGCCGGGAAUUAUAGCAACCGGGCAAUGAGAACGGAGGUCUGUGGGGAUCAUCCGGUGUGGAAAGAGAACCUAGAGACGGAGUUUUCGUUACCGCCGGAGAAGAAAGAGGGUUUCAUGUACGUUAGGGUUUAUUGCGAGAUCUCCGGCGGGAAGGAUAAACACGUGGGAACGGCACGUGUGCCGAUAAAGGAUUUUACGGGAGAAUAUGCGCCGGAGGGUUUCUUGCAGUGUCUGAGUUACAGAUUGUGGGACGAUUACGGCAAAAGGAACGGUAUUGUCAAUUUCUCGGCGAGGAUCGUGCCGGUUAGUAAGCCCGGUCUGCGUCCCUUUUGGUUAAGGUAG